GGGAGAGGCAGACAGAGACAGAGAGAUGCAGCAGGAGGAGGCAGUCUGGCUGGUCAAUACUCAUAACUCAGAUGACAGUCCACACAUGACUACAAUUACCGCUGAGCCUGGUUCCUUUUUCUGUGUUAUCAUUGUGCAGGCUGAGCACUGCCGAGUCAGUCAGAGCCCUCCUAAUACGAGCUUGUAACUGAGCUUCAAAUGAGAGAUUUCAGAACAUGAAGAGGAAGGAUUGUCCCGUACGCUCCUUAAAGGUAGAUUAGAAUAAUAGGCACCUGCUGCAUGCCUACGCUGCAUGGAGUCAAAGUCUUCGGUCUCUCCGACUGCUUCCAUGGAGUGAGUGAAGCGCUCGUGAUGUCAGGCAUGGAGUUACCAGCGGCGGGUUUGAACAGCUCCCGCCUGGGGAACGUGACGUUACUGAAGCCCGUCCCCACCUCCAUUUCCACCGCCGUGGACUCCUCCUCCUCCUCCUCCUCCUCCUCCGCCUCGGAUCGCCUGGAGAACGUCUACGUCUACGUCUCCAUCUUCCUCAGCCUCCUCGUCUUUCUCCUCCUGUUGCUGGUCAUUGCCCUCCACAGACUCAAGAACAUCAUCUCCUCCAGCUCCUCUUACCCAGAAUGCACCAGCAACGGAGGGAACUCUUUCACCAACAUUGAGAUUUGCAGCCUGUCUUCUCAAAGGUCCACGGUGUCUUCCUUAUCUUGCUGAGGCUACAACUACUGAAAAUAAGCAUGCAAAUCCUUCAUUCUGGCACGCACGCACACAUACACACAGCACAGGGAAAGUAAAGUACAUUAGCAAGUGCAACCUCAACGGCUAACAGUAUUAACAAAUUAUCAUACUGUCACAGAGACAGCUACUUGGUGAUAUGUAAUAUACCUAAUAAACCUUUGUUAAGAGAUUUCUCUGUUUGGAUGCUGGGCACUAGGUCACUCCUGCAUUUCCAUAUUUCUCUAAACACAGGUUAUACCAGCUUCUUAACAUUUUAACUGUACACUGAUUCAUGGUUUUAUUCUUUUCAAAAAGGACGGUCUUUGAUGUGUUGCAAGUUCUAAUAUAUGUCACUGAAAUGUUGUAGGCAACACACUGGUGUUGGAGAUGGAGAAAAGUGGAAUUCUAAGUAUCAUAAAAUCAUACUGAAUUGCAA